CGUUCAUUCUGAUCUGCUGGAUUCGUGAAAAUAAUUCAUUGUGUUUUGAAUGCAGCAAGGUUAUGUUUCUUCCUCAAAGUCAACUAUAGUUCAUGUCAAGCGUUUUGUAUCAUAGCUAUCAGUUGAAUUAGAAUACAGUUAUAGAAUUACCCGGUGUAAAGGACUUCAAAAUGCCUGCCGCCGGGAAAGGAGGAAAAAUGAUGAAUCUCAUCAAUUACAGGAUGAGAAUCACAUUGCAAGAUAGUCGAAUUUUCAUCGGAACGUUUCUCGCGUUCGACAAGCACAUGAAUCUCGUACUAGGUGAUUGCGAAGAAUUUCGGAGAAUAAAGCCUAAGAAUCAGAAGCAGCCUGAACGCGAGGAGAAAAGGACGCUUGGAUUGGUGCUAUUGCGUGGUGAGCAGUUAGUGUCCAUGACUAUUGAAGCACCACCUGCUGAAAAGGAUAAGAGGCAGGCUGCUGCGUCUAGUUCUCAGCCUGGACCUGGCGUUGGACGUGCAGCCGGUCGUGGAGUUGGCAUUGCAGCACCAACAGCACUAGGAGCUCCCAGGAUGGCUGCACCCGCUGGUUUAGCCGGUCCGACAAGAGGACUCGGCGGUCCACCGAUUGCUGGUCCCCCAAGCGGCCCGCCUGCUCGUCCUCCGGCAGGUGCUCCACCACCAGGUAUGAUGAUGCCACCAAUGGGUAGGGGAAUGGCAGGGCCACCCCCAGGCGGCCCGGGUGGACCUCCUCCGGGCGGCCAUCCAGGCGGCCCACCUCCUGGCAUGAUGAUGCCCCCAAUGGGUCGUGGUGGUCCACCGCCAAGAGGUCCACGACCACCAUUUUAAGUACAUGUACAGUACCCGUUGGUAUAAGAAUUCACUAGUCAGUUGUCACAUGGCUGUCUUUGACAUGCCAUUGCUCAGGUGUGACCUGUUGCACAUUUCCCAAGUUGCCAUCAGAACAUACCAGAAAAGGAAAACAUGAGUACUUUCUCAGGUUCAUGCCUGUAAUCCAGCAUGUGAAGACUUGAUCCACAACUUUGUGUUGUCGAAUCAUGUUUGUACAAAACGAUUUAGCUCCAUAAAAAUUGUUCUCGUGCCCCUUGAGAAUGUUUUGCCGCGUUUCAGUGGCGAUGCCCUUUUUGAUCAAAUUCCAGUCCUGUUUGAAAUAGGAUAAUCUCUGUUUUGCUAUGAUUGUACAACGUAGCUGCUGUGUGGGCGCUGUAGUCCAUGUACGAUAUCUCUUCGUCAUGCUACUUUUCUUGAUCUUUCCGUAUGAUUCGUCUGGAUGUGUGUGUGUGCGUGCAUGUGUGUGUGUGUGUGCGUGUGUGUGUGUGUGUGUGUGUGUGUGUGUGUAGUUUAUAUGUACUCUGCAUGUGCUUGGUUGCUGUGAGCUUGCUUGUGUAUGCUUCUAAGUGUGCUUGUGUAUGCUUCUAAGUGUGCUUGUGUUUGUUUGUUGAGUUCAACUUGCAUUCCAACUGUUGCGAUGAUAUUGACUGAUGGGACUUGCCAGUCCUAUGUAA